GGGGGGGGAGUGCACUAGAUGCAAAAGAGAAAAACGUCUGUCUGUUUGGAGGGCACGCUAGACCAUGCAGGCUACAUUAUGGUUUGUGUAAAGCAUUGUGUUACAUUUAUGACGAGGACCAAAUAUUUUCACAGAAGGAUUUACACUCUCCGAAGUUUGGAGCAAGGGAGCCAAAGGAAACAUGGCCGAAGGAGGAGUGGGGAAUGGUGGAGGGAGCCUUCGUCCCGAGGCGCAGGAAGGCACUGGCUCCUCGCCCAUGCACGGCUCAGGCCACUGUAAGUGGUUUAAUGUACGAAUGGGCUUUGGAUUCAUAUCGAUGACAAAUCGCGGAGGAACUCCUCUUGAUCCUCCAUUGGACGUAUUUGUUCACCAAAGUAAGCUGCACAUGGAGGGGUUUCGGAGUCUGAAGGAAGGUGAGGAGGUUGAGUUCACGUUCAAGAAGUCCUCCAAGGGCCUGGAGUGUGUGAGGGUGACCGGGCCUGGAGGAGUGUACUGCGUCGGCAGCGAGAAGAGACCUAAAGGGAAAAACAUGCAGCAAAAACGAAAGCCAAAGGGAGACCGCAGCUGUUAUAACUGUGGUGGUCUGGACCAUCAUGCCAAAGAGUGUGGCCUCCCUCCUCAACCCAAGAAGUGCCACUACUGCCAGAGUGCCUCCCAUAUGGUGGCACACUGUCCUCACAAAUCGCCCUCGGCCACUCAGGGAAGAUGCAGCUUAGAGCCACCCAGCUCGAGCUCUAUCCAAAGCCCAAGUCCUCAAAGAGCCUCGUACACAUCUCAGGACAGCUCCACCCUUAGCAAAGCCUCCGGCUCUCCCAAGGAGCACACACCAAAAGCUGCCUCAUCACAAAGAAAAAAGAGGAAAAAAUGAUCGGCGCACUAGUCUUUCAGGCUGCCUAGUUUUACCCAGUUCCUCAUCAGGAGAACUCACCCUACCUCAGAGCGAUGAGUUAAAGGCCAGGUUGACAUCUCUGGAUCUCUUUAACCUACAGAGAGGGAAUGCGCACUGCUUUCUUUAUUCACGAUCAACUGCACUGUGAACGACUUCGGGAGCGCAAAUGGUUUUCCAGCGCUUUUAAGAGACUGAUACCUCAUGCACAAUAUACAUCUAGCCAGAAUGCAUUUUACUAAUUUUAUUGCUUAGCUGUUUAUUCUAAAUCAUAUUAUCCAACUUGAAUGCAGUAUAAAACAUUUAAAACAGCUGCAGGGAUUCUCGGCUUCUGUAGGCACACUGUACAAUCUUGAGCCAAAGAAAACAAGAGACUGGAGGUCUCUUACGUGUUUUUUUUAAAGGUUUAAACAAGCUUCCUGUAUUGGUAUGCUUAAUUCCCCUUUCCAUUGCUCUAAAGCCACAAAAAUCUCUAUUGCCACCUAAUUAAUUAACACGAACGUGAUAGCAAUCAUUAGACAUCUACAGAGAUUUUUUAUUUUCUUUGACUUAUUGUUUACAUGUUUAAAAUCAGGUUCUAAAUUUUAACCCUCAUAGUAUUGAUCUGUUUUGUCCAAGUUCAGAUUAGAUGCUUGAAUAGAUGUACUGUUUCGUGAUACUGUUACUGUUGACUCCAUGGUUACUAUGGUAGUAUCUUUCUGGUAAGAAAAAGUCAGAGACCAUUUAAAGCUAAGAGUGUUUGUGUAAUUAAGUGCAGGAUUUUAAGCACAUGCACACAAUAUCAGACCGUAUUAUCCGAAAUAACAGAUCUCUUGUUAGUUAUGUUUAUGUAGCAGUCAGACAUGAAGGAUAUGAUAUAAAAGCAGUAGCUAAAUUCUACGUAAGGCAGUCAUGGCAGCAUUAACUGAUCCAUAUAGUGGAGAAGCAGACAUGAAGAAGCACAGUGGAUUUUACAAGAGACCUGAUAUAUAUUUUCAUAAAGAAGCAACCUUUCUUUGUAAAACAGAUAUUGUUUAAGCUUUUAAAGGAAUAUUUCAGCAUUUGAAUAUUCCAACCUAAUCUAUAUGUACUACAUUUGUAGCAUAUGUGUGAUUAAUGGACAAGGUUGAACUGUAGAGAUGAUGAGAUGUCUACAGAGAUGUUUGGUCUUUUUGGUUAGAUGUUUACCAUCAAAUUUCUUUUAAUGACAAAAGAACAAUGCUUUUUUUUUUUUUUUUUUUUUUUUUUUUUUUUUUU